AUGAAGGACCAGUUCCACGUCAAAGGAAUGAACACCACGAUGGCUUAUGUGGGCUGGAUAGAUACAUUUAUGGGCAGAAAGAAUUCGCCCUGUAACAUGACUGCAGAAAGCCAGAUUGUUAAAGACUUAGAGGGUUUGGGAGCUAUCACCAUCGCAAAGUCAACGCUCACCCAGGCUCUGGGGGCUCCUGAAACAAAUAACAACAUUCUAGGUUAUCACUUCAACCCCCAUAACCAACAGCUAUCGUCUGGAGGUAGUUCUGGAGGCGAAGGCGCCGUUCAAGCUUUGAGAGGAAGUGUUGUCGGCAUUGGGAGCGACAAUGGUGGAUCCGUAUCUAUACCUGCAGCUUUCAACGGUGUAUAUAGCAUCAAGCCUUCGCCAGGCAGGCUGUCGUUCCUAAACGUGGCAAAUCCAUCACCUGGUCAGAACAAUAUUCCGACGGUUCCCGGCAUUCUUGGUUCUUCGGUCGCAUCCUUGAAAUAUCUUCUCAGGAGUCUUGUACUAUCACGAUCCUGGCUUCAAGACCCAGAUGUUAUACCCGUUGCAUGGAACGACACUGUCGGACUUGAAAAGCAACUUUCGUUUGGAAUUAUGCAAUUUGAUGGGGUCAUCAUGCCCCACCCUCCGGUCAAGCGUGGGCUUGAUAUGGUUAUGAAAGCUCUUCAUGCUGCUGGUCACGAUCUCAUCGACUGGCAGCCGCCAGCCUACUCGAGAGCCUUGGAUAUCCAAAACGCCCUGAUGAACGCGAAUGGUGGCUAUGAUAUCUUCGAAAACCUGGCCCUCUCUGGCGAGCCUAUCAUUCCGGAACUUGAAGAAGAUUAUCCUGAUGGUGCACCUGACGCUCCUCUGAGCGCGAUUAGAGUGGAAAAGGAAGUUCAAAAAUUAAUGAAGUACAAGCUGGAAUAUCGCCAUUACUGGAAGUCAACUGCGAAAGUUACCUGUACAGGCCGACCAGUGGAUGCAAUAAUACUUCCAGUCUGGAGCUCAGCGGCAAUAAUACCAGGAAAGCCUUCUUUUGGUGGUGAUUAUAUUGGCGCAUCAAACGUGGUUGAUCAUACCACAUUAGUCAUUCCCGUCACACGAGCACGGAUGGACAUUGAUAGGUUUGACGAUACGUACUCCCCAAUAAGCGAUGAUGAUCGAGACAACUGGGAGUCUUACGAUCCUGAGCUAUAUCAUGGUACUCCAGUUGGUAUACAGAUAGAGUGUCAGCGUUUUGAAGAAGAAAAGCUCCUGGAUAUUGGUCAGGUUGUUGUAGACGCAUUGGCUGCCCUGAAAAGCAAAGCUUAG